UUGAUUUGCCAGCGACCUCGAUCCACCAACCGCGACGAAUUGCCCCCGAUGUCGACGACGGUGGGCACCGACACAAAGUCACAACCGCGGUCUCAAUCGAUGGACGACAACCGGUGAUUGGCGUCGUAGGGUGCUCGAUCUCUACCCUCGACAAAGAAAGCGACGAGAGCACGCACACAUGAGUGACCUGCGCUUGACGCGCUGUCGAGGCGACUCGAUGGCAAAGACCCCCCUGGGCGCUGCCAAUGAGACCCCACGUCGUCUGUCAGUGGCUGCUUGGGCUGUGGCUCCGCCGUCCGCGGUGUGCCAUGCCCCGUGCCUCGAGCCAAUUGCCAGGCACGACGCGCCUGUUUAUCCACUCGAUUCGCACGGGAACUUCCGUGGAUGUAUCCACAGCACGGCGUCGCGAUUGGCCACAGGCACCAUGGCUCCACGGCUCUAGUCAGCGGACAACUGCAAUCGGUCGAGCGUAACGAUACGCACUCUUGGACUUGCCCUCAGCCAUGCACACCGUUGUCAACGACAUGACCCCCGCCACCGCGACGAGCCCCCGCGGAAGAGCCGACGCCGGGGAUGUCUCGUCCAAACGACAGUACUACAAGGAAUGGUACGAAAAGAACAAACUCAAGCGCAAGGCGUACAACGCCAGGAACAAGGACCACGUCCGCGAGUGGCACGCGAAGAACCGUGACCGCGUGCUCCAACACAAGCGAAAGUACCGCGAGAACAACCGUGAAAAAGAAAAGGAGCGCCACAAACGGUACUUUGAGGCGAAUCGCGACAAAAUCCUCGAGCGCGCGCGGGCGUAUCGGGCAAAGAACAAAGACAAGCGCCAUGCGUAUGACAAGGCGUAUAAAGAAAAACACAAGAAGCUCGAACUCGCCGUUCGCCUCCAACAGCACGACUCGCCGUCGUCGCAGGGCCUGCUCCAACUCCUCGCCGGCGUUGUCACCACGUCCCCCGCGGAUCCUGCCUGUGCACCGACCGUCCAUCGGCACAUGCAAUUGUCGUUCAUUCUGAAUGCUGAUAAAGCUACGUGAAUAUUUACUCGUUCCCACCGCGCUGCCAUGAACGACGUGGUAGACUUGAUGGCACCCUCCCAA